CUGUGUGUGUGUUUUUUUUCUUCUGCAACAACAAGUAUAGAUACAGCAAGGCUGUAUCUAUCAAAGUAACGGAAGUACAAAGUUCUGGAAGGCGAGGUUAAGUUUGUCGCGAAUGGAGGACACAAUGUCGACAUGGUUCAGAAUUCCCCCCUUCGUCUACGACUCCUUAUAACUUUACGUCGCGCCCCUCCCCCCAUACACAUAUUGGAAUUUUUUUUUUUCAUCACUGCACAUUUAUAGUCGUUUACACCACACAGGGAUUGGUGGUCACAAGCGUAAAUUAUGUUUUUCCAUAGGUGGAUAUAAAAGUGCCGUGAACUUAGCUGUUUUGAAUCUCUUGUCGUGACGGAAAACGGAAAUUUCGUAGAGUGCGCCAGCUACCGAAGCUACCAAAGAAUCAGUCUCAAUCAUGAGCUGUCGUAGCAGCUGAUUUUUCGCUAUACUCUCUCGCUCCAUCUUUCGGAUCCCGUGAAAAAAAAACCAGUAUUUCGUGAUAAUUGUGCGCGCGCGUGUCUCUUUGUGUCUUCUGUGUGUUGUGUUGUUGGCAUAUGUGUGUACGCGUGUGUAUUUUUAUUCGAAACAAUCGCGCGUUUUCCUUGUAGUAAAAAAACAUUGAGGCGUUUGAGUUUUUGGUCUCACGAGGAAUAGACACGUGAGACGGCGCAACGUCGAAUCUACGAGUCUUCAACAUCCAAAGGUACGCCGUCAUUCAAGGGUGUAUCUCUCAAGGAUAGAUCGUAAAACACAAUGGAUUCCGAAGAAGAAACGCUCUACGACGAGGUUGACUCUGGCAAUGAGUCCAGCGGAGACGACGUCGAUUUUGCCAUGGAAAUAGAAGCUGGCAAUCCGCGCGAAAGGGCCGGCGAUAGCGACGAAUAUCCUUUUGAAGUACUUUCUACCGAAGAGAUUGUUCAGCACAUGGUGGACUGCAUCAAAGAAGUCAACACUGUUGUCGAAAUACCCGCAACUACAACUCGUAUACUGUUGAAUCAUUUCAAGUGGGACAAAGAAAAACUGAUGGAACGAUUUUAUGAUGGCGAUCAGGAAAAAUUAUUUGCCGAGGCUCGAGUUAUAAAUCCGUUUAGAAAAGGUCCCGUUAUAUCAAGGUCUCGAUCAUCCCAGAGUUCUCUGGCAAGAAGAACUUCUACUAAUGGAACCGAAGAGUGCGGUAUCUGUUUCACCAUUUUACCAACUUCGAUGAUGACCGGUUUGGAAUGCGGCCAUCGUUUCUGCACCGGCUGUUGGGGAGAAUAUUUAACUACGAAAAUCAUGGAGGAAGGAGUGGGACAGACAAUUGCUUGUGCGGCUCAUGCAUGCGAUAUAUUGGUAGACGAUGCGAGUGUCAUGCGUUUAGUCAAAGAUUCAAAGGUCAAACUCAAGUAUCAACACCUAAUAACUAACAGCUUCGUUGAAUGUAACAGGCUAUUGAGGUGGUGUCCAUCUCCGGACUGCAACAGCGCUAUUAAGGUUCAGUACGUCGAGUCAAAGCCGGUAACUUGCAAAUGUUCUCAUACAUUUUGUUUCCAUUGCGGAGAGAACUGGCACGAUCCGGUGAAAUGUCAUUGGUUGAAAAAGUGGAUUAAAAAAUGCGACGACGACUCGGAAACGUCAAACUGGAUAGCAGCUAACACGAAGGAGUGUCCCAAAUGUAACGUGACGAUUGAGAAGGACGGCGGUUGUAAUCACAUGGUGUGCAAAAACCAACAUUGCAAGACCGAAUUCUGUUGGGUUUGCCUCGGACCGUGGGAGCCCCAUGGCACUAGCUGGUACAAUUGCAAUCGUUACGACGAGGAAGAGGCUCAAGUAGCCAGAGACGCUCAACAAAAAUCGCGAUCCGCCCUACAGAGAUAUUUGUUUUAUUGCAACAGAUAUAUGAAUCAUAUGCAAUCAUUGAAAUUUGAGAGCAAAUUGUAUGCCAGUAUCAAGGAAAAAAUGGAAGAGAUGCAACAACACAACAUGUCAUGGAUCGAGGUACAAUUCUUAAAAAAAGCUGUCGACAUAUUGUGUCACUGCCGAGAGACCCUCACGUACACCUAUGUCUUCGCUUAUUAUCUACAAAAGAACAACCAGUCUGUGAUUUUUGAGGACAACCAGAAGGAUCUUGAAAGCACAACCGAGCGUCUCUCCGAGUAUCUUGAGAGAAAAAUUACCAGCGAGAACCUCACUGAUAUCAAACAAAAGGUUCAAGACAAGUAUAGAUAUUGCGAUAGCCGGAGGAAGGUGCUGCUCGAGCAUGUUCACGAGGGCUACGAAAAGGAAUGGUGGGACUACAUAGAAUAAGAUGAGGAUCGGAGCUUGUACCACCUGGAUGCAAUGAUAAACAUCCUUUCCCUUUUUGCCGCCGCCGCCGCCACCGCCGCCCCAGCUGUGAUAACCCGAAAAAGCUGACAAGAGACAAAAGAAAAUUGAAGGACGAAAAAAGCAUAUAUAUUUAAAAAAAAAAAAAAAUUGAAACAAAAAAGAAGGCGGUCACCGAGUGAUAUCCCCCCCCCCCCCCCCCCCCCCCAAUUCGCAUAAGCAUCUUUUAGAUAAACGCGGUCUGUGACAACGCAUAUAAAAAUACUUUAUCGAUUUCAUUAUUGGAACUGAACCAAUGAGGAAAAAAAAGAAAAAAAAACGCCAAUCCCAUCAUAAAAGGACCUAACAAAAAACAACACACUGCUUGCGCUUGUGUAAUUAAAAAAAUAUUUAUAACGCGAAUCGAUGAGAUCGAUCAUUUUUCGCCGUUAAAUCGCGUAAAAAUGAAAAUGGAAACACGCGACCCCGUUGAGAAUGAUCCGUGAUCGAUCCUCGAUCGAGCCUAUGACGGCCGGAUUUCUUCGGGCGCUUCCUACUUCUACCAUACUUUCUUGUUAUUUUCGUUUCGUUAUUGUAACAUUUUUUCGCGCUCGAUCACCAGCAGCUUGUCCCCCCCCCCCCCCCCCCCCCCCAUAAAUUGAAACGAUCUCAUUGUUUUUCUUUUCAAACGUUUCUUGGUUUUCUUUUUCCCUUUAAAAAUUAUGAUCGAUUUUUUUCAUCAACGGCAUUGUGAAUCUCUUCUUUUUCGGAAUUCCAAUAUUAUUUCGUCAAUUUUAGAGGAAAUCGCGGUUGGUGGUCAGUCUUUUCUUUUGCUUCGUCGUCAACAACCGAGUGAGCCAGCCUCCAUUAACGAAAUUCGAUCAUCCUUAUAAGAUUCAAAGAGAACAACAACAAAAUUUUUCGCGUUUCUACGAUCUAAGCUUGAGAAAGCCAAUAAAUUAUAUCCAUACGACCGCUGAUGCAUCAACGAGUCUUUAUUUUACCAUAAAGUAUCCUCGAAUCCGUGCUCUCUCCCUCUUUCGGUCAACGAUACGUCCAGGCUACAACUGCUACACGAGAGUAAAAACCAAAUAUAUACUAAAUAAAUAAUAAUCGUGUUUGGUGUGUUGGGCGGCGGUUGUUAAAAUUUGCAUGUCAAGGACCAAAUUUCCGUUUAAUUGCGUUACCCUGAUGCAAAAAUUUUGCAUACGCUGCUCUGGAAGACUUGGGGGGGGGGGGGGGGGGGGGGGGGGGGGGGGGGGGGGGGGGCGUAGCGGUUGAAAAAAAAAAAACAAUACGGUUAACGAAAAUAUUGGAAAGGAGACAGGAAUGAGCACUAGAGUGACUGACGGACUACGAUUGGGUGAAUGUAUUUUUAAAAUAAACGGCGAUGCGACGGGGAACCACCUUUUCGGGGCGAAUAUAUCGGCAUAAAGGAGGAAAAAGGAAAUGAAGAGAAAUAAAAAAACGUAAAACAAACGAACAAACAAAAUAAUGGAAACGAAUAGAGAAGAAGAAUUAUAUUAUUAAUUAGCAUAGCUGCGACAAGAUGUUCGCUUCCGUGUCAAAAUUCUAUCCCCCCCGCCCCUCAACGAAAAAGAAUAAACGUAAGAAAUGAUAAAAAUAUAAACUAAAUACAACAAAAAAAAUGAAAUAAAAGUAUCUGAGAUAAUCGCGGAGGUUUGUCAGGAGGAGUAGACAAGUGUUAAAUAUUCAAUGUAUUUGGGUUUUGCGAUUGUUGAGUUUAAUUUUUCAUAAUCUCAUCCUUAUUCACUAAAGAUGGAACAAAUUUCCCGGCUCUCUCUUACUUAAAUCCAACUUUUCUCUUUCUCGCGUGAUCUCUCUCUCUCUUUCUGCAUAUUAUUCAAGAGUUUUUCCGAUCAAGAUCGAUCGACGCGUACACCUACGCCCAAUCGCUGUUCUCUGUCGCCAUCAACUUUGUUUUGAUGCGCGGCUAAUAAAUCACCGGAGACGCGUUCACAAACGAUCAAGGCAAACCAACUUGCUCCCUAUUUUUUGUUCGUCAAAAAAGUGUGUUUGGCAAAAUCCAAAGAGUUCAGAAAAAAUGGAAAAAAAUAGUGGUAAAAAUUUAAUAGAGUUGCUGAAAGAUUGAUUCCAUGACAAUGAAAUAUAAGAUUUUUGAAAACAAAAACCAAAUGGAAUGACUUGAAAAAAUGUUUAUUAUUAUCGUUGAUUUUGAAUCUUGUUCUUUGGGAGCAAGCUACUCGCCUGAGGCAUUCAAAAGUACGUUGCUAGCACUUUGACAAUGUCCUGCGACCGGGGCUUGCGAACCAGUUCCGUUUGUACAGUUAUUAUAGCUAUAUAUUUACUAAUAAGCAUAUACAUUUAUCCAAUAUUAUGUGCGGUAAUGUAUGAAUCAUUUCAGGCAAAAUCAAUUAUCCUACUCUCAGAGCUUUGAGAUUUCCAUUUUUUUUUUUUUUUUUCCAUCAUGUACACUUUAGUAAAACGAACGUAAUGCUUGAUACAAAAUUUCAGAUAAUCUCUUAGCCAAUUCGUUCGAUUGAUCAUUCGACGUGAAAAUCCGAAAACUGUGGAAAAAAGUCAAUCUCGUCGUGUCUUAUUAAUUAACUUAUUAAUAGUACCAUCCGUAGGAAAGAGUGUGGCAAUGAUCAUUCCUGAGCUUCAUUACAUUCAUCUAAUUUACAAAGGCACACGCACACGCACGCACGCACGCACGCGCACACACUUCAAACGAAAAUGUACAAAUAGAAUGAAAAAAAAAAAUGGAAAUGCGAGAGUCGAGAUCUAGUUGAUUUUGUCUGGCUGUUUCGUAUAUAAAUAUAAAUAAAUAGACUGUCGAUCAAUAGUAAACUUAAUAAGCCAAGUCGAAAGAUUCGAUUGAUCCAGUGGAAAAAUGCAAAAAAUAAAACUGUUGAUUAUAAUAAUAAUAAUUAUUAUUAUUAUUGUGGGAGUUGCUGACGACUGGGGAAAAAUGAAGAGACGAAUAGUUGCAGUCAUCAAAUCAUCAAAUGUUCAGUCUUGGAAGAAUGAGAAAAAUUUUGAAUAGAGAUAUUGGAAUUGUCAUAUAUCGUGUAUAUAUAAAAUACGUGUAAUCGCAAGUAUAGUUGUGUCGUUUAGCUCGAGUUUUUAUAUUCUUCAUUGGCGAGAGUUAAAAAUGCCCAAAGAGGCAAGAAAAGCGAUCGUUGUUCUACAAUUUAUUACGACGACGUAUUACACACUAAAUUCGUUACUUUUGGUUUUGUAUCUCGGUGUUCUUCGAAGGUGUGCAACAUUGAAUGUGAUUUAUCAUCAAUGACGUAUAGAUUUAUUGAUCGUUCGUCGAUUUAUAUUUAGGAACAAACGAAAGAUCAAACAAAAAAAUGUAUGACGCAGGAAUCGGCUGCCACCGUUGCCGCGGUUGUCGCGAUUAAAGCAAAAGUGCACGCGGUAUUACUCCGCCCUGAGAAUAAUAUGUGGCCCAAACCCCCAACAGUAAUAUCGAAAAUGUUUAGCAAAAUGUGUUAUACCGAACGUUAUGAUAUUUGAGUUUGCAAAGUAGCAAUGUAACCAAAUUCUAUAUAUUUUUAUCGUUGCGUUAUUUAAUUCUUUUUACUUUCAACGCAAAUCUCUAGUGAAUAUGAGGAACUGACAACUAAAUCAAUGAUUUUCGAUGCAUUUUAUCGUGCAAAGUUUUGCAACGUCAAUCAUCAUCAUCAUGCGGGGGGAUCUCGCGAAGCGUUAAUUUACUAUGUUUUUCGUGAAACACAAGUAGUGUCGAAUGGAAGACUGCCGUCGACUUUGUUUUCUUCCCUGAAAUACGCGCUAAACACGACAUUAUUGUACACACGCGGAGAGAGUCGUCGAUUUUUUUAUGUCAUCAAGCAGCGUUUUCAUCCUCCACACUUUGGGCUCGAAAUAUCAUUUUGUUUGUCCGAGUAAAACUAAUUAUGUGAAAGAAAAGGAAUCAUCACGCUUGGCGUCAUUGUACUUGCGCGAAUGAAAAAUACAAUGAAACAUCGCAAUUCACAGUUAGUUAUUACGUUUUUCUUUUUCCUUGUUCUGUUUUGUUUUUAUUGUUUAGGGUAUAUUACAUAUUUUUUAAAAAUUUCAAAAUAUAUGUGAACCGCAUUUUUUCCGCAAUUGUCAUUCGCGAUCCAUGUACUUGACAAAAUUUAGAUCAAAUAAAAUCCAAAAUGACCCUCA